AUGCCAUUGCAAAAACUCGCCGCGUGCGCUCGCUGCGGGGCGGUCGGAAUUAUAAUCAAGCUUUCCGGUCGCGUGCGCAUCCCAAACUGCGGCGUAUCGACGCCAUUUUUAUUGCGCAGUUUUGAGCAGGUGACACGUGACGGGCUGCAAAUUGCCACCUCGAUCGAGUACUCGGUCGAAUGUGCCAAGCGGGACGAAGAACCCGCCAUUUGUGUAACCGGCCUUUACAUUAUAUGCCCCACUCCUGUGCAAAGGCCUUCG